AUGAAUACUAUGCCUCAGUCUACCUGCACGAAGCUCUUAGAUUACUCAAAAUUACCCUCACAGAUUCGCUUGCCUGAUAUCAUUGGUUAUACCAGCAAGGUAUUUGCAACGAAGUAUAAUCCAAAUCAACUUCAGGCAGAAGCCGAAUCAUACCAAUGGUUUGAUAGCUAUGAUAUUAUCCCCGAAUCCAAGCGUCAAAAGUUCUUUGGGAGCGGCCUUGGCCUUAUGACAUCCAUGUGCUAUCCCGGUGCCCAGUUUGAACGAUUCCGAAUUACACUGGAUUUCGUGCUUUGGCUAUUUACGUUUGACGAUAUGACAGAUGCUGGUGCUCUUGAUGAUGUUGAGCGUAUGAAGCUCGCAAUUGGCCUUACUAUGCAAGUGCUCCAGGACCCAAAAGUUCCAACGCCGAAGUUCAGAAUCGCAGCUGCACUACAGAGUUGUUUCAAUCGAAUGCGCUCAAAUUCAAGCCCUUCGACUACUAAGCGUACGAUUGACGCAAUCGACUUCUAUACCAAAGCUGUUUUGGAGCAGAAACUGAAUCGAAAAGAAGAUCGAGUACCAACUAUAGGUGAAUACAUUCAACUACGAAGGGAUACUUCUGCUAUGAGAAUCGCGUUUGUCGGCAUUGAAUAUGCACUGGGACUUGCCUUACCGUCAGAGGUUCAUGAUGAUCCUAUCAUCGUAGAGUUAGCUCUUGCCGGGAACGAUAUUCUGACUUGGGCGAAUGACAUUUACUCGUUUCCGAUCGAAGCAUCGCGGGGUGAUACUCACAAUUUGUAUCAAACGAUUCGCAAUCGUGUCCAAGAGUAUAUCGACGCGAAGGCCAAGUUGCGAUCUUUUGGGGUCAAGACAGAUCUUGAAGUUGCUCAGUACAUACAAGGGAUCGAACACUGCGUCCAGGGAUUCCUCGAUUGGACGUUUAUAACACCUCGUUACUUUGGUGCCAAUACCACUAAGGUGAAGGAGACCUUAACGGUAGAUAUCAUAGCACCAGUUGCCUUAGAUGCUGCCAUCUCUGUUGAAGUUUGA